CACUCCCUGGACCCCUCUCCCCCUCCGUCCGCUUGCCCACCGACGCUCGCCGCCGCGUGACCACGGGCGAACAGUGGCCAUUUGGUUCUGUUCGUCGCGGUCUUCUUCCUCCCCGUGCUCCGUGGGCUCCCUCUGCCCCGUGGGCUCCUCCCUGUGUCUCCCCGUCGCCUUCGCCCGAGCUCAUGCGCGAGCACACGCGUCCGCGGCGCCGGCCACGCGUCCGCGGCGAUGACAGCUCGGCACCUCGCCCCUCUGCCUAUAUAAGGCCACCCAAGCCUCUCCCGAGCACUCCAUCGCCUUUGCCUCAUAUCCAGAAACCUCCCUGGCCUCUCCCUCGAGCUACAGAGCCCCUCCCCACCUCUCUCUGCCGCCAUGGCCGCCGUCGGGCUCCGCUUGAAUCCGAGCACCCCCGGUCUCCUCCCCUCCUGCUUCCACCUCAAGAGGCCCCCAUCCACACGCCGGAGCCGCUCGAGCCCUCUCCCUCCUCCUCUGGUGGCUGUUGGCCGCGAGCCCCAUCGGUGCCCGUCGCCACCGUCCCCCAUGUCCUCACUCCCUCUCGCCUCAGUCGUCCCCGGAGCCCGUGCUCUCCGCAGACGGGUGCGGCUACUCCUGCUGAGCUCGCCCAUAGGUCGAGCGAGGCGGGGGAUGGUCGGAGCCGGCCGGACGAGCCCCUGCGCCGGCGACCUCCUUCUGGACCGUGGGCGAGUGCAGGCGAGGCGAAGACGACGUUGACCCCAUCCAUGGGCCCCGCCUAUCGGCCUCUCUGCGCUGACCGGGCCGGCCUGCUGAUGUGGUUAAGUGGAGGCGUACUCCCCGGAGUACGUCUUCGCUUAACAAAAGCGCAAUCAGUUUCUUCCUCAGGCGAAAAUGCGUUUUCCCUUCUGGAAAACGUAUUUUCAAAAAAGGGGCGUUCUGUUUUUCCUGCUGAGGGCCUGUUUGUGAUGAUUUUAUUACAGAUAGGUCCCUGGCAGAAAACCCUUAUAACUUUUUGCUCGCAACUCCGUUUGAGCCCCCUCCGAGAGAGAUCUGAUUCCCGCGUUUCUUUCCGCAAGCUUCUCGCACUUUGUCCCGGUGAUUUCUUCCACCCCAGGCAAGCCACAAAACCCACUUGCAUUAUACGCAUGUAGUAGCCAUGGUUUUCAACUUGAAUAUUUAUUAAAUGAUUGCUUGUUUAAAAUAUGGUUAUCGUUGUUUCGGUAAUGCUUCUGGGUUAAUACUUAUUUGCUUGAUAUGUUGUUAUGCCCCUGGUUUUCAUGCCCGGCUAGUUGCUAUUAUUCCCUUCAUAUGCUUAUGCUUGCUAGUAGUACAUGUUGAUGUUGGUGAUGGUUUUCGGUGCAUGACUGCCGUCUGUCCCGAGUACCGUUGUUAUGCAUGUUCCGUUACAUCCAGUUGGUUAAAUGCUUGGAUGAUGGCAUGGUUGAUAUGUUCUUGCAUGAUAUUUAUUGUUGAUGCUAGUGGGC